GUAACCACAAAAUUGAUGGGACACCUCAAGACUAGAGACCAAGCCAUGCUUCCUUUCACAGUUCUACUUCUCCUGCUGUAUGUCACCCCAUUACCCAUUUCAUCUGUGGCCUUACCAUACAAACAACAAGGCUUCUUGGAUUUGGGGAAGAAUUUUAAUGUAGAGGGUUUAAUGAUGAUGAUGAUGAAUGAUGAAGUGGAGGGUUCAGCUUUUGAGGAAGUACACCCAUUAGAACACCCAACUUGCCCAUUUGGAUGUCAGUGUAACCUGAAGGUUGUGCAGUGCUCUGACUUAGGUUUAGCCUACGUCCCACAUGACAUCCCUCCUGAUACCAGACUUCUAGACCUACAGGGCAACCAGAUAACAGAAAUCAGAGAAACUGACUUCAAGGGACUGAGUAACCUUUAUGCUCUGGUGUUGGUAAAUAACCAGAUCUCCAGGGUCCAUCCACGGGCCUUCAUGCCUCUUAGACGGAUGCAGAAACUCUACUUCUCCCACAACUUGCUGACGGCUGUGCCCAAGAAUCUCCCUCCCUCCCUGGUGGAACUUCGUAUUCACGAUAAUAACAUAAAGAAGGUGCCUGCUGGGACCUUCUCAGGCCUGGGCAGUAUGAACUGCAUAGAGAUGGGCCGGAAUCCUCUCAAGAACAGUGGGUUGGAGCCAGGAGCAUUUGAUGGACUCAAACUGAAUUUUCUUCGCAUUUCAGAGGCUAAACUAACAGGCAUCCCCAAAGGUCUCCCUGACAGUCUGCAUGAGUUGCAUUUGGACAACAAUCAAAUUCAAGCUAUUGAGCUUGCUGACCUGAGGGAAUGUGAGCAUUUGUAUAGGUUGGGCCUUGGGUACAAUGAAAUUCGCCAUAUUGAGCAUGGCAGUCUAUUUUACGCACAAAACCUCAGAGAGUUGCAUUUGAACAACAACCAUCUCCCCAGCAUCCCUGCGGGUCUGCCUGAAAUGAAAUAUCUGCAGGUGGUCUAUCUUCACUCGAACAACAUCAGCCAGGUUGAGGCGAAUGACUUUUGUCCUGAGGGCUCCAGUAUGAAGAGGACUUUCUAUAAUGGCAUCAGUCUCUUUGACAAUCCUAUUAAGUACUGGGAAGUGGACCCCUCUACCUUCCGUUGUGUCAACGAUCGAAUGGCCAUACAGUUUGGCAACCAUAAGAAAUAGUGUACAAGAUUGUGGUGGAACUCAAGCAACUCAAGGGGAGAUUUGUAUCAGAGAUCUGAGUCCUAUAGUUAAUUAUUAUGGAGUGUUGAAGGAGAACCUAGGCUUCAGUAGCCAGACAAGUACAGAUGAUGGCAUCAAAAGUCUGGGGAAGCAAGACUAGGGAGGAUCUGAAUUUAUGGUUAGGGUUGAAGGUUUAUAUAUACUUGUUUUGCAUGCAUGAAGAGUAUCAUGGACAUGAUUAUAUAAAUCAUUUGAAUAUCAUUAAGGGUUUAGAUUUUUUUUUUUUUUAUGCAACUUUUUUUAAUUAAGGUGUUGUAAUAAGCCAGUGGUUAGUGAUUAGCGAUUGUCUGUUGUUUUUAUUUUAUCUUUUUUUAUUUCGUUUUCUCAUAAUUCUUCCAUUUGAGUAAAAACUGAAUUAAAACUAUUUCAGAUUCUUUUUCAAAAUUCUUGAAAAGGUUCAUCCUAAUGAAUUGCAAAAGACUCACUAUUUCUAUUAAAUCUGAACAUUC